AUGUCAUCGCAGCGAAUCGCAUUCAAAGUAUCUGGAACAGUGCAAGGAGUGGGGUUUAGAGACUUCACGCAGAAGCGCGCCACCGAGUACGGCUUGAGGGGCUGGGUGAAGAACACGCACUGCGGAAGGGUCGAAGGGGAAGCUCAAGGACCCGCUGAAUCAGUGCAGAAGCUGCUCAAGGACCUCAACAAUGGACCCCGUCUAGCACAUGUUGUCAAACUGGAGCAGAAGGAGGUUGGUGUGAAGGACGGCGAAGAGAAAUUCUCAUGCUACAAGACGUCGGAGUCGGGGUUUGCGAACAUUGACAUUGUGCUGCAUGGGAUGUCCUAUUCGUAAGGGCGCCCUUUUCGAUUGGUGUUGUCUUGAAGUAUAGAUAGAGAUCAUGGAAAAGCAAACUUUGGAAGCUACGUAGCACUCCAACAAAAUUAGAACAACAAAUUCUCACCUCAAU